AUGACGACCAAGGCGAAGACACACCCGCUCAAUGGGAUGCACACGGCGGGCAUCUUCUCUGAUAUGAGCGUCGAUGGGCCGGAGAUUGGGACGCUAGUGCUUGUGAUCGACCGCGCAAAGAACCUGCCCAACCGCAAGACCAUUGGCAAGCAGGACCCCUACUGCGCUGCGAGACUUGGAAAAGAAGCGAAGAAGACGACAACAGACAUCCGCGGCGGGCAGACUCCGAAAUGGGACCAGGAGCUCCGGUUCACAGUGCACGACUCGCCCGACUACUACCAGAUUAAGGUUUCGGUAUUCAACGACGACAAGAGAACGGAACUGAUCGGCGAGGCAUGGAUUGACCUGCGCGACAUCGUGGUGCCCGGCGGUGGACAGAGUGACCAGUGGCAUCAGCUUGCUUGCAGGGGCAAGUAUGCCGGUGAGGUCCGUAUCGAGGUCACGUACUACGACAACCGGGCGAAGCCCGAGAAAGCUGUUGUCAAGGCGAAACCGCCCGUGGCAGCCGAGCCCGAGCAGAUCCAGAGCGCUCCUGCGCCGGCGGCCCCGGGUACGGCUGCUGGACCAAGACCGGUACCCAAGCGUCGCCCGUUGCCUUCAGACCCGGUCACUGGCAAGACCCCUGCACUUCCCUCACCCGUGGCCCCCGAGGUCGAGACACCACCACGACCACAACCGAACCCGGCGCCUGCCGCACACCAGCAGAUAGAGUACAAUCAGGUCUCGGCCCCGGCGGCUGCUCCACUUCCAGCUCCAGCCCCGGUACCCGCGCCGCAGCACUACAAACAACCACCGCAGGACCGUGGUGUUGAGCUUGGGACACCCUCUCGUCGUCAAGACGUGCCUAGUCAGCAGUACCGCACACCUGAGAGGCCCGAUCAGUACCCCCCGCAACAAGAUCCCGGAUACCGUCCGCACCCACAACAGCAGCAGCAGCAGCAGCUCGUGUAUGAUCCCCGACAUGGGAACGCUCAUGAGCACCUGGCUGAGCCACGGGCAAUGGAGGACGACCGGCCACCGCCCCCACCAGCUCAUAGGAGCAGGGCCGGGAGCAACCCGUCUGCCAAUGCGCCUUUUCAGGCCACACCACCGACGAUGCGACAGGACGUGCUGCGACACGAGGCCCACCGCAAUUCAGUCUCGGGGAGCUACCCUGGCCGACCGACGUACAAGGCCUACGACUCGGCCCCACCUUCGCUCCCAUCGAGUCAGUAUCCGACGCCAGAACAAGGGCAGCCGUCGAGGCACUAUUCGUACGACCCGGCUUACGAGCCGCAAAGGACCAUGCAGGCUACCGUCGAGGAUGUGCCUGAGUCGCCCGAGUCCUCAAAUAACCCGCGGAGGUCCUCGGGUCGCUGGCCUAUCUCGCAACCUCAACCACCAACCCAGUCACAGUCAUAUUCGCAGCCCCAGCCACCAGCUCAGUCGCAGCCGUACUCGCAGUCACAACCCCAGCUGGAUCGGGACCGGGAAUACGACCUGACGGCGAGCCCUGCGCCACUUGCGCUCUCCAGCCGGAACAGCAACGAAGCAGUACGCUACCCGCCAGAGCCGCGGUAUCAAGGCACCAACGGAUAUCAGGCAGCAGCCCCGGAGAUGCCGCAGAGGCAGUCGCCGGACUAUGCUCCGAAUUACGGCAGACACUCUGAAUCCUCUCUGCCACUGCAUAUCCCGCACUCUGAGCAGCGUGCCCUGACGUACCGGGGCGAAGACGAGGCAGUUGGCUAUUCCCCGGCACCGGCCCCGGUCCCGGCCGCACUCGUUCCGGGCAUUGACCCGGCUGUUGCUCAAGAAAUCUCGGACCGUGCCCACCACGAGAGAAGACAGUCGUUCGCUCAGCCUCGGGGCUACUCUCAGGCGCUGGUGGAGACACAACCGAGAGGGAGGACCAUGAACGACCGGUACAGCCAGGAUGUUGUUCCGGCAUACAACAACGGCAACACGGGGACUCAUGGUAGGGCGGCGCACACUUACACCAACGGCCCUUCGACAUCGAGUGUAAACGUGGUGAUCAAGUCCCGCGCAUACUCCCCGAAUCCCGCGCGGGACCCGAGCCCGAAUCCGCACCACACGAUCCGGCGCAAGUCCGUUAGCCCCCGACCGCCGGUUGACCCGCGCAAGAUCUCCGGCAUUCCCUUUGGGCCCGACUCGUACGAUGCCAUCAACCCACACGCGUCCACGGCCGCGGUUCGGGAUGAAGCGUCUUUACGGCCUGACUAUAGCGAGGCCACGGGAAAGAUCAUCACACACGACGGCCGCGAGGUCGAUCCAUCAGACCAUCUCCCCGUCGAGAGUUGGGCGCCCGAGCCAGAGCCGAAGCCACCGUCUUCCAACUCGGCAUCGGCCCGCCCAUCUCCAGCUGGCCCGCAGCCGGCUCCCACAUCAGGUCGUCGACCGCUCCGCGUCGCCGGGCGGACGCAGUCCAUGCUCCCUUCUGCGUCGUCUUCCUCGGCCAUCACCUUCUCGGGCGGUAUAACAGAUCACGUCGAGCCCGUGAGCUCCGGACAUCGGAACCGGCUGCAGAAAAAGGCAGGCUACCGCCAGUCCACCUCGGCCAUCGUACCCAUCAUGUCGGGCGCCAACGGUCCCGGGGUUACCACCUCCAGCAGCAGCGGUAACGGCCCCAACCUUCUUAGAAAGAGCAGCGGCGCCAGCGGCCACAGCAUGGAACCACCCUCCCACCACGACAACAACUUCUCCUCUCAACGCGGAACCAUCACCCGCGCCUCAACCUUCGACAACUACACUAGCGACCGUGACCCCUACGCCGCACCAUCCCACCAUUCCACAUCCUCCUCCUCCGCCGCAGCCAUCUACGGCACCUCCCCCGGUAGCCAACGCCACCACCACCAGCAACACAACUCCUACAACUCAUCCUCCCACAACUCCCACCUCCGCGGCGUCAGCCCCGGUCGCGGACCAAGUCAUCACCAUCACCAACACCCCCACCACAACCCCUACCCCGCUCAACAAAACCAAUACAGCCGCAGCACGGGCAAUCUCCACUCCGCCAUGGGCAGCAUCAGCAGUAGUGGCAGCGGUCCACCCAUCCCAGCUAAAAUCCCCCUUGCGCUGCCGCCGCCGGGGUCGUCAUCAUCUGAUACUGGCGGGAGUAUGAGUGGUGCGCUGCAGUUGCAUAGUAGCAGUGUGGCGCGACGCGCGGGGAGUGGGAUUGAUGAUGGGUAUGGGUAUGGGGGGGAGUAUGAUCGUGGUCGAGAUGGGGGUCGCGGGAGGGAUAUGGGGGAUGAUGGGUAUGAUGGGUAUAGUGAUCAGUAUGGGUAUGGUGGUAGCAACGGUGGCGGGGGCUAUCGCGGAAAAGGAGGAGGAGGUGGUGGAGGGGGGAUGUUAUCGUUGGAAGAGGAGUUUAGGCAGAUUGAUAUUGGGACGGGGAGGUCGUCGAGGAGACAUGGGCCUCAUCAUGGUGGGGGUGGGUUGCCGUCGCAGCAUGGGUAUCAUGGACAUGGGGGGCCUGGGCAGCAGCAGCAGCAUUAUGGGGGGGUUUAUGGGCAGGGGGGGUAUUAA